CCAGUCGCUCUGUCUGUCUUCGAUGUGCUCUCUUCCACUCCUCAUUACGCAACGCAGACAGUAGUCCUAUUUGUCCUAUUACUUUUUUAAUUUUUAAUUUUGAAGUAUAAAGAUUAUAAUACAUAGAAUACAUUUGUGGAGUCUUUAAGAACAGAAUAUUCAAGUGAUAAAAAUUGUUUAGCGCGAAAAGAGACGUCUACCUCAAGCUUGUUGAAGAGACAACUGUCUAACUAUCCAAUGGAGUGCCUGUAAAUCCUCCCCAACUCCGUUCCAGCAUUUACCGAGACUCUCUCUUUCUGUCAGGCUUUUUCGUUUCCCUCUUUUUUUAUUCCGCAUUCUCGGGAUGCGGGUGUUCCUGUUCGCUGCGACGGUAUUUUUCACGCACCAGCUCACCGGGUCCGGUGCCGGCUCCGAGUCCAGCUCCAAAAAGUGUUCCUCCCAGUGCGACGUGAGCGCGUGUCCUAGCCCGAACUGCCCCAGCGGGUAUGUCCCAGACCGGUGCAACUGUUGCCUGGUGUGUUCCCGGGGCGAGGACGAACUCUGUGGCCGGAAAAACGACCUGCCGUGUGGGGACGGCUUAGAGUGUAGGUCCCCUAACGGUCCUAACAAAGGCCCGUCGGGGAAGCGCAGCUCCAAGCGGAGGCUGUGUCAGUGUAAGAUGGGGUAUAAGGUGUGUGGUAGCGACGGAAAGACGUACGGGAACGUGUGUCGGAUGAAGGCUGCCAGCCGGAAAGCUCUUCAGAAGGAAAGGGAGGCCAUCACCCAAGCACACAAGGGACCCUGUCCAUCAGGAUGGGUUCUUGUUGCCAGUAUAGGUCCUGCUCCUGGCCAUCCCAACAGCCCCAGAUACAAGUUCAACUUCAUAGCUGACGUGGUGGAAAAGAUGGCUCCUGCUGUGGUUCACAUAGAGCUCUUCCUCAGACAUCCUCUGUUUGGUCGUCAUGUCCCUCUGUCUAGUGGUUCUGGGUUCAUCAUCAGCCACUCCGGACUCAUCGUAACCAACGCUCACGUGGUAACCGCUGCUGCCACGGUAACGGGCCGACCACAGCUCCGCGUGCAGCUCCAUGACGGGGGAGCGUACGAGGCCACGGUCCGGGACGUCGACAGGAAGUCAGAUAUCGCCACCAUCAAAGUCAACCCUCAGAAGAAGCUUCCUGUACUGUCUCUGGGUCGGUCAUCUGAUCUGAGACCAGGGGAGUUUGUGGUUGCCAUCGGCAGCCCCUUUGCCCUCCAGAACACCGUUACCACGGGGAUUGUGAGCACGGCCCAGAGAGAUGGGAAGGAGCUGGGCAUCAGAGACUCAGACAUAGACUACAUUCAGACUGACGCUAUCAUCAAUUAUGGUAACUCAGGAGGACCUCUGGUUAACUUGGACGGGGAGGUGAUAGGUAUCAAUACCCUCAAGGUGACGGCAGGAAUCUCCUUCGCCAUUCCUUCAGACCGGAUCAGACGUUUUCUCACUGAGUCACAGCACAACAAACACAGAGUGAAGAAGAAGCGUCUGAUUGGCAUUAAGAUGCUCACUGUCACAGAUGGUCUCGUGGAGGAGAUGAAGAGGCAGAAUCCUGACUUCCCUGAUGAUGUCACCAGUGGAGUGUUGGUCCAUCAAGUUAUACCUGAGUCCCCCGCGCACAGGGGCGGGAUAGAGGCCGGUGACGUGAUCCUCAAGCUGAACGGCCGCCCACUCAGGACCACCGACGAGCUGCAGGGGGCGUUGCUAGGCGACGGGCCCCUCCUCCUGGAGGUUCGUCGCGGCGACGACGAGCUGCUUUUCCACAUAGAGCCCCACGUCGUCAUGCAGUGAGGAGGCGGAGUCAUGGACCAGGGAAAUGGAGUUAGAGUUGUUUUUGUUUUUUGCAGAGUUUGGGGGGGGGGGUCAAUUCCAAUUAAAAAGGUAGUCAAAGUCAAUUCAGGAAGUGAUUUCGAUUUAAACUAAAUAAAUCGCUUUUACUUUUCAGUUUAUUGGGAAGUCGUUGAAAAUAGAUGGCCUUUUUGCAAUUGGGAUUUAAAUGUAGGACAUGAAUUGACCUUCAGUUGGAAUUCAGAACGACCCUGUUUUAAUGUUGUUAUGCGUUUUGACUGUGUUCUCUGUGGUGACUGGGCUGGACUCACUACAGAUGUACAGAUGUACUGCCUGCUUCCCAAAAGUUGGGCACCAUAUGCCCUACCUAUAGUGGACACAAUGUUCCCUACCUAUAGUGGACACUAUGUUCCAUACCUGUAGUGGACACCAUAUUCCCUACCUGUAGUGGACACUAUGUUCCCUACCUAUAGUGGACACCAUAUUCCCUACCUGUAGUGGACACUAUGUUCCCUACCUAUAGUGCUUGUAACCAGGGCACUAGAGCCCAUUGGUUGCCUAACAACUUCAUAGUUUAGCCUGGUUGCUAGGCGGUUGCUAGGCGGUUGCUAGGCCAUUUCUGAUAUAUGUAUGUCCAAAUGUAUUCCUUAUGUACUGCACUACUUUGGACUAGGACCCUACAUAGUGAACUACUUCCCUAUUCCUUAAGUAGUGCACUACUUUGGACUAGGACCCUACAUAGUGAACUAGUUCCCUAUUCCUUAUGUAGUGCACUACUUUGGACCAGGAUGCUACAUAGUGAACUAGAGCCUUAUUCCUUAUGUAGUGCACUACUUUGGACCAGGACCCAUAGGACUCUCCCAUAGGGCUCUGGUCUAAAGUAGUGCACUACAUAGGGAAUAGGGCUCUGGUCUAAAGUA